AUGCCAUUUUACAGUGCAGAUGGUUCAGUAGCUAAGCCGUAUAUGAUUGGUAUUGCAGGCGGUAGUGCCAGUGGAAAAACUAGUGUUGCUGAACGCAUCUUGAAAAACUUAAACGUGCCUUGGGUUAUUAUUAUUUCUAUGGAUUCGUUUUACAAUAUAUUAUCACCCGAAAACAGUAAACUAGCGCAUCAAAAUCGGUUUGAUUUCGAUCACCCUUCAGCGUUCGAUCAUGACUUAUUAUUUGAAACCUUGACGAAAUUAAGAGAAGGAAAAUCAGUCAAUGUACCUAUCUACAAUUUUAGUACUCACUCACGAGAGGAAAAAACGACUACAAUUUAUGGGGCAAACGUUAUUAUUUUCGAAGGCAUUUUUGCAUUAUACGAUAAGAGAAUUAGAGACAUGAUGGAUGUGAAAAUUUUUGUAGAUACAGACCCUGAUAUUCAAUUGGCAAGAAGAUUACAAAGAGACAUUCUUAUGCGUGGACGCGACGUUACAGGUGUGCUAGAUCAAUAUACACGAUUCGUCAAGCCAUCUUUCGAUAACUAUGUUAGACCUACAAUGAAAUUUGCCGAUGUUAUUAUACCAAGAGGUUUAGAAAAUGCCAUUGCGAUUGACCUUAUGACAAAGCAUAUCCAGAGUCAACUUCAAGAAAGCAUGUUUAGUUUCCGUUGGGGGCUUCUGGAUACUCCUCUCAGCGACCAUUUACCCGAAUCAGUUCACGUCUUACCAACUACAAAUCAGAUUAAAGGCGUUCAUACCAUUUUAAGGGAUCGUAAUACCGACAGAGACGAAUUUGUAUUUUAUGCAGACAGGCUAGCUGUUCUGUUGAUAGAACAUGCUGUCAGCUGCCUUCCUUCUCAGCCAAUAGAUGUUCUCACACCCACACAUGAUGUAUAUAAAGGGUUGAAGUUCAGUCAGAAAAUAUGUGGUGUAUCCAUUUUACGUGCCGGCGGUACAAUGGAAGCUGGUUUAAAACGUGUAUUUUCCGAUGCAGUCUUUGGCAAGUUGUUAAUCCAGACAAAUCCCAAUACAGGGGAACCAGAGCUACAUUAUUGUAAAUUACCCAAAGAAAUUGGUGAUUACGAUAUUAUGCUGAUGGAUGCCACUGUGGGCACAGGUGCAGCUGCCCUUAUGGCUAUUCGUGUAUUAUUAGAUCAUGAAGUGCCAGAAGAACGUAUCAUUUUUGUAUGCUUCCUCGCGUCACGAAUCGGUUUAACGGUGAUUACGAAUGCUUUUCCUCGUAUCAAGAUUGUAACUUCUAUGGUGGAUCCUGACUUCAACAGAGAAAAGCUAUGGAUCGAACCUGGCAUUGGUAAUUUUGGAGAUCGUUACUUUGGCACAGAAGAAGAGUAA